AUGCCGCUUUCCUCUCGGCUUCUGAGAGGCUCUGAAACCGCAUCCAGAUUCCAAACAAGGCAGAACCUCGGGUCGAUGAACCGGCCUUCAGAUCAUGUCGUCACCACGCAUGACGUGAAAUUGUGA